UUGCAGAUCCAGUGGUUGAUUAACAAUUACGAGCCAGCUGAUGGUACAUCGCUUCCACGUUGCACCCUCUACAGUCAUUAUAUUAAGCAUUGCAAUGAGAAUAAGUUGGAGCCAGUAAAUGCGGCAUCAUUUGGCAAACUCAUUCGGUCAGUAUUUCACGGGUUACGAACACGACGCCUUGGUACACGCGGUAACUCCAAAUAUCAUUACUACGGAAUACGAAUUAAACCCGAUUCACCGUUAAAUCGUGGCGUACCUGGUGUGAUGACGGUUGGCGACGACUAUGCGCGUAAUCCAUUAAUGACAACACAUUCUGUCAGUCAGAUCCCACCGAGAGGAUCGUCGAGGCGAUCAAAUUUGGGCAGCAGCUCCAUGGUCACUCGACGAUCUGCUGCAGCUGCAAUGGACGCAAAUGCACCGAUGAACCAGUCCAGUAAUUCUAGCUCGUAA